CUGGUGCUGAAAAAAAUUCAACAAAUUUACCCCACCCAAAUUAUUUAUUCACAAUCCCUCCUCCAGGUCCACGCCUUCUGGCUGCUGCUCAUCUCUGCUCGGAGUUCUCCUGCUGCCCACAGUGUUGUCAGGCAUCCCUGGAAGAGGAGGUGCAUUGAAGAGGGGAGAGGGAAAAAAGUUUAGCCUCGGUGUGGUGCCUCUGUUUGCCUUGUGUUUUUUUUUUUUCCCCAGUAAAGCAGUUCAAGGAUCCGCGCCAGAUCUGGAGCUCAUCUGAAAUACAUUAAAACCCUGGAGAAGAAGGAUCCUCUGUAAUCUAGCAGUGUUGACUCUACACUGAGGGCUCCUAUUUGCUGUCAGAGGUACACCCAUACAUGUAGCAGCAGCUCCUCCAUUAGACUGUUUUUAAUCUCUUGCAGUCAAAAUAUUUUCCAAACUCCAGUGGGCAAGACUGGAGAGAGGCACAGAGAGAGACAACAAGGUGCUAGAGGAAGCUUUCUCCAUCAUUUCUGGGGUUUAUAUUUAAGCAUCGUGACGACUGAUUUCAAAGGGGAGACUUCAAACGAAACAUCAGCCCUAUCGUUGCUCUAGACGUGUGCAGAGGAGGCUUCAAGGACAAGUGAGCAGCAGGCACAGAAAUACAGGAAACACCUGAAGAUUUUCCAGGUUCAACCACAGGAAAGACAUCUCCAAACAACAAUACUCAACUUCAGCACUGUUUUUCUUUUUUGAGAAGCUCCCUGUCAACUUGUUAAUUAAACAUGUCACGCUGGGGGCGAAAGAAUGUGAAGAAGGCGCCUGAGGUGAUCCGCACUGUGACAGAGGGGCUCAAGUCCCUGUAUCGUAAGAAGCUGCUGCCUCUGGAGCAGUAUUAUGGUUUCCAUGACUUCCACUCUCCCAGUCUGGAGGAUGCAGACUUUGAUAACAAGCCUAUGGUGCUGGUGGUCGGACAGUACUCCACUGGAAAGACCACUUUCAUCAAGUAUCUACUGGAGCAAGAAAUUCCUGGAAGCAGGGUGGGUCCUGAACCCACCACUGACUGCUUUACUGCCAUCAUGCACGGGGAUGUGGAGAGUGUCAUCCCCGGGAACGCCCUCAUCGUAGACCCCAACAAGCCUUUCCGCAAACUCAACCCCUUCGGAAACACGUUCCUCAACAGGUUCCAGUGUGCCCAGAUGCACAACCAGGUCCUGGAGAGCAUCAGCAUCAUCGACACCCCGGGGAUCCUGUCCGGCGCCAAACAGAGAGUGAGCCGAGGUGAGAGAGCCAACAAAGGCUAUGACUUCCCAGCUGUCCUGCGCUGGUUUGCGGAGCGUGUGGACCGCAUCAUCCUGCUGUUUGACGCCCAUAAACUGGAGAUCUCAGAUGAGUUCUCCGAGGCCAUCGGGGCCCUCAAGGGCAACGAGGAUAAGCUGCGUGUGGUUCUCAACAAGGCGGACAUGGUGGGGACGCAGCAGCUGAUGCGGGUCUAUGGAGCGCUCAUGUGGUCCCUCGGAAAGGUCUUCGGGACCCCUGAGGUUCUGCGGGUCUACAUCGGCUCCUUCUGGUCGGAGCCGCUGAUGGUCUCAGAUAACAGGAAGCUGUUUGAGCUGGAGGAGGAGGAUCUGUUCGCUGACAUCCAGAAUCUGCCUCGAAAUGCAGCUCUGCGCAAACUCAAUGACCUGGUGAAGAGGGCCCGACUGGUCAGGGUCCAUGCUCACAUCAUCAGCUAUCUGAAACAGGAGAUGCCCUCUGUCUUCAGGAAAGACAACAAAAAGAAGAAUCUGAUCUACCAGCUUCCGGUUAUUUUCUCCAAGAUCCAACUGCAGCACAACAUUUCAGCUGGAGACUUUCCAGAUUGUGCUAAAAUGCAGGAACAACUGAUGGUUCAUGACUUCACCAAAUUCAAAACCUUAAAGCCCAACCUGAUGGCGGCCCUGGAUGAGCUGCUCUCCUCUGACAUCGCCAAGCUGAUGCCCCUUCUGCGGCAGGAGGAGCUGGAGGCCGGCGACCAGCCAGGCGUACAGGGCGGAGCCUUCCUGGGAACCCGCGCCGGACCCUUCUCUGAAGGAGACCCCUUCGCUGAGGAGAACGGAGAGGGCUGUGAGGAGGAGGAGGAUUGGGUGGUGACCAAAGACAAGCCCAAAUACGAUGAAAUCUUCUAUAACCUCGCCCCCAACGAGGGCAAACUGAGUGGCAACAAGGCCAGGGACUGGAUGGUGAGCUCCCGCCUUCCCAACUCUGUGCUGGGUCGCAUCUGGAAAUUGUCAGAUGUGGACCGUGAUGGCAUGUUGGAUGAUGAAGAAUUUGCCCUGGCCAGCCACCUGAUCGAGGUCAAGCUGGAAGGCCACGGUCUGCCCCCCGAGCUGCCGACCCGCCUCAUCCCACCAUCCAAACGCAGGCAGAAGGGCUCGGACGCAUAGACAUGUCCCACGGAGACGCCUCUGUCACACUUAUGCUACUGUUUGUAUUUGUCUUUUUCUCCCAAACCCAAGCUUUAAGGCUUAUGUGUAUUUGACUGUUUACCCUAAGACCUAUAGUGUAUAUUGUAUUUAAAUGAAUCCUUAAGCAGGGUUCCCACAGAGAUGACAAACCCAUAAAAGUCACAGAGUUUUAAAGUCUGACUUCCCACAAGUGGAAAAGUCAUUAAAAUGUAGUAAAAUUUUUCAGAACUUUGGAAAAGUCAAGGAAUAUAAAUUAUAGGGAUGCAAAGUUCUCACCUUCGCUGUUUUGACAUGCAAAUACUUUAUUUAUCCUGAUACAAAAGUUGAUUGUAAUUCCACAUUUUAGAGAUGAUGUUUAAAGCAUUUCCAUUUUGCAUCUUUGUCACCUUUUUCAGAUGUGAUGAGUUUGCAUCCCUGAAGUUUUUCAGUACAGAAAAAUGUGAAAAACAGAGCCGAGCUUUGGGAAGCAUUCAGGUGCUGGGGUGGGUUUUUGUGGUUGUUAUUUGAUGCAUUUUGCUUAGGUUUGCAUCUAUAUUAUUACGAUCCUUAAAAAACACACUAUCUUUUCAGAAUAUUUGAAGUGAAUAUUAAACUUACCAUCAGCCAGCUAUAAUUUGCAUUUAAUUUUCAUACCUGAAUUAUCUUCUGCUCAAAUAGUUAUAGAAACUACUUUGAAAAUUUGUGAAAAUGAAAAUUUUGCAUGUGUGGGAACCCUGUUAAGGCUAUAAGUCCUCAGUGCAAAGGACUGUGCAUAAAAAGUAACUGUAACAAUGCAUUAUGUAGAAAUGCUUUAUUUUAUUUAAUGGCUUGACAAAACUGAACAAAUUUCAUUUUUAUAUGCAAUAACAUCUGCAGUUUUACUACUACAUAGCCAGAAUACAAAAUGCAACACAUUUCCCUACAUUUUUAAAUAAAUUAUAAUGUACAGUGGUGGAUGUUGCAAAAAAGAUGCACUUUUUAUGAUGUAAAUGUAAUGAUAUGGUGUAUUAUGUAACCAUCAACUAAAGUGGAAAUCUUUCUCUACAUAUGCGAUAAAAUAAAUUACACUCCCCAAACAUUAAAGGGUCAAUAUAUAAGAUUAGUCUGCACUUACUUGUAGUUUGUGUUGAAGUCAGUUUCAUGCUAAAGACAGUAGUUACCAUUAGUACUGUGAAUGUGUUAGCUAACUUCAUUUCUAAAUGUAGCCAGUUUUGCUACUGUAGAGAAGCAGAAUAGAGACAUUAAAGACCUCAAGAGUGAACAAAAGGAAGCUUGGGGGAAAAUUAGCCCCUUGUAGGGUCAAAACACGGUAUUCGACGGGACAUUUUAGAGACAAUUUCACAGAUUAGUGUUGCCAAAUGACCCACAUUUUUACUUUUAAAUUCAUUUUUGCUUCAGUUUGACCAUAAGGGAGUAUCCAAAACAAGGAGCUACUUUAUAUUAAAAUAAAUGUUGGAAGGGCAAUUAAUUAAAGUUCGCUCUCUGACGGGACAUUAGUGUGUUUUGACCCUAUAUGGAAAUUAAUGAAUAGACAGUUAUCAAGGAUGUAGGGAAUGGAGACAAAUGUUAGCUUUGAAAUGGAGCUAGGUAGCAUUAGCAAACUACCGACUUCUAGCAUAAAACAGACUCCAACACAAACUUAAAAUACACCACCUUAAAAGUCUAAAAAGUGGAAAUAUCGGCCUUCUGUUAUUUUUCAAACUCAGGGACUUCAUGUCAAUAGUCAACCUGGAAAAAGUCAUUCAUAGUUUUCACUCAGUUGCAUGUAUUAGGAAAAAAUGUGUCAGAUUAUCCCAGUGUAGUACCAUGAAGUUGUGUUCUGUUAUGUCAAGUGAUUACAUAAUGGGUUGUUCCAGUCACUGCUGCUUCUCCUUUCGGCCUCUAGAAGUCCGCUUUCUAUACCGAGCUCUUAAAAUAUCUUCUUGUGUGUGCUGAGCAGAAGUAAAUAAAGGCUGGUGCCCUCUGAGAGAGCUAAGAGCAAAGUUAUCUAUAUAAAACCUUUAAAUUUAACAUUCCUUCAGUGACUAGACUGGAGUGGCACAGUAUUAUCUGGGUAGUAGUGUUUAUUUUUGAUUAUCCUCUACUUUUAUUUUGCUCGUUUGUUUCAUUUUUCAUGUAACCUGAGUGCAUUUCACGUCGAUGCUUUUCACGCCACCACUUUGUGCAUACUUUAUAUAUUAUUUUUGUAUUUGUUGCUGUUGUUUCGUAUGCGCAGGAGCAAGACCUCACUUAUCCCAAAGACCAAUACAUGCUGAGAUGAAUGUCUCUACCAGACUGAAUGAUUGAUAUAUAACUGACUACUGUACACAGCUCCACCAUAACCAAAUAAAGUUCCCUGACUGUG